AUGGCCAAGUCGCGCAAGUUCUCGCGUCCGCGCAAGGGCAAGCCGAGGCAGCUGCCGCCCGGGACCGUCACCAAGGAGAGCUCGUGCGCCGUUUGCCGCAUGCGCAAGCUCAAGUGCAGCGGAGGUCGUCCCGCCUGCGCCCUCUGCAUCAAGGGCGCCGUCGCCGAGGGUCGACUCGCCUCGGGCGUGCGCUGCCUCUACAGCGCGUCGAGUGUGCACGCGACGGCGGCCGACAAGGAGCUCGAGGCCAUGCUCGGCGGCAGGGGCAGCAAGUGCGCCUGGGGCGAGAAGGUGUCGGUCGAGGCGCCGCCGGAGGGCGAGCCCGAGGAGGAGGAGGAGGAGGAGGAGGCGGGUCCGAGCGUCGUCGAGCGGGCACUCGGACCGGCGCCUUUCGCGGUCUACGACGUCGAGGACGUCGAUGCUGCUGGAGAAAACGACCCGACUUUCCCGCCCUCGAGCUCCGUCGACUCGCCGCCCUCGUCCUUCCCUUCCACGUCGACGGCGCCAUCCACCUUCUACCUCCCGAUCCCGCCCGCGUUGGCCCACCACAUCCAGUCGGCGCCGAGCCUGUCGGUCCCGUCGUUCCCGGCCUUCCCAACUUCGGCGCCGACCACGACGCCUCGCCUUGAGCUCCCCAAGCUCGGCUUCGCGCCGCCACGCGCUCGCCCGCCCGUCGUGCAACCCUCGGCGCCACGCGCCCUGCGCCCUGUCGUCGCCGCCGCGCCGGUCGCCGGCCGCUCGUCGGCCGCGCUCGGACCGCCUCGCCCGCCCGCGGCGCCGCUCGCCGUCGAGCAGGAGCCGUUCAUCAUGGACGACUUUGCGCUGUUCCGCCGCACGGCAUUCGCGCCCGAGCCGCCGUACGCCGAGCCGGCCUCGUUCGACUUCUUCGCGCCGCCUCCUCCGCCGCCGCCGACGUCGACCCAGUACCACCGCGACCCGGCGCCGGCUCGCUACGUCGACGCGGCACUUUCUCUCGCCUUUCCGCCGGCGCCAUACCGCUCGUCCUACCUCGGCCCGACGCUCCACCUCGACACGGCCCUCCCCUCCUUCUACGACGACCUCCCCGCCGCGCCGUACCCGGCGGCGCACACGCUCCCGCACGCCUUCCCCUCCUUGAUGUCGUCGUCAGCGACGACGGGCCCGCCGCCGGCGCUGAGCGGCCUCGCGGCGGCCUACCUCGCGUCGACGCCGCUCGAGCCCUUUGCGGCCGUGACGGCGCCCUCGCUCCUCGACGGCAGCAGCAGCGGCGCCGACGCCGGCUUCGAGUGCGGUCUCGGGCUCGACCUCGGGUUCGAGUACGCGCCGCCGCCGCCGGCGCAGACGCAGGCGCAGGUGCACGGCGAGCAGCUGUCGGCGAGGGGCUCGAGCGCGACCGAUGCGGCGGCCUUCUUCAGCAUGUUCCGCAGCGACCCUUGGGUCGGCGAGCAGCAGCAGCAGGGGCAGGGGCAGGGCUUCGAGGUCGGGCAGUGGGAGGGGCUGGGCUUUGGCGGCUGGAGCGGCUGA